UGACCACGGCGGCGUUGCUCAGAAAAUUAUUCAAAUUUUGUCGAAAAUUUUGGCGUUUUGAGGAACAAAAUAGUGCAAAUUUACCCUGUUAACUAUCAGUCAACUAUCUAGAAGUGAUUGAGGUGGAAUUGUACAAGUAGCUACUCUUAAAACAAGAUUUCUCAAACCACCAUGGAGGAUGAACUAGUGUCCUGCCCGUACAACAAGGAGCACCGCAUCAUCCGGUACCGGCUGCCAUACCACAUCAUCAAGUGCAAGAAGCAGUACGUCGGCACCCAGCUGCACACCUGUCCCUUUAACGCGAUGCACCUCGUCGACAAGAACCAAAUGACUGCCCACAUCAAGGAGUGUCCGGACUAUCUGAUCACGGUGGAGAACGAAAUGGCCAAAACGUACGCCCCGUCCAGAACGGGGGCUUCGUCGAUGCGAACGUCCAAAGCGACCACAGCGCAAUCCAACGGUACGGCGCGAUAGUUUUGAGCGAGGUGUGGGGGUGAAUUGAGGGGGGCGUUUUUUGAGUGAUAUACUCAAAGUGACAAUUUUGCAAAUUUAAUUCGCAAAAAAGAUUAACAAGAUGUACAGAACAUGAAAUUCUAAUGUUUUAAAUAAACAAUAUAUAUUUUCUUGAAAACAA